AUGUCGGGUUCAAUCUAUGUUAUAUUGUCAUUGUUCGUCGUUUUCGUAUCAAGGGGCGAAAGUUUAAGAAAUACAACAAACACAACGUAAGUUUAACGUAGUUUAUUAGUCCCAGACAGGACGAACUCGAAAGCGUACUUAAAUUCGUGUGGUUCUUGUUCUGCGCGCGCAAGGUUGUUGUCAAGCAGAUAUCAGGAUUUAGUAUUUUUGCACAAGUGAAUAUCACAAAUCCUACAAGUUGAUUGGUCAAAUUUGUAUUAAGCUGUUAUAUUUACCAACACUACAGGUGAAUAUAUAAAAAAACUGAAAUUUUCAAAAUGGCACUAGCCGUUUUGUGGAAGUUACUGAUACAGAAAUGAGCGAAAUUAAAAUAAAUUCAGUCCCAAAAUCACAAACGACUUGGGUAAAUAAUAAUUCCCCGAUAAUCACCUCGCCUUCGGCAAUGACGGUAAUGCAGACUUGAUGACGGUAACAGACUUGUUACUAGUUGUUCCAACAAGACUAGUACAGGCUGUUCGUAACAAGUUGCCCAGUACGAGCUUGUUGUCAUCAACUUGUUAACAACUUGUUGGGACAACUUGUUACGAGCCUGUUGGCAACUUGGCAUCAUCAACCUUGUUACAAGAUGAUAACAACUUGUUUUCAACUUGUCAACAACUGGGAACAAGCAGUGCGAACACAUCUUGUUGACAAGGCAUGGCUCCGACUUCAUCCUGUCCCGUGCAACCGAAACAGAGCGUAUUUCUUCUCCCUUGAGCACAAGAAUGGAACAAAUGACUUUGAUACAAAAAUAUUCCACGGAACGUUAUGGUAUACGGUUAAAGUGGAGAACAGGCCGACGUUCUUCAAAAUUGUCAUCAGUUUAAUUAAAAUGUUUCUUUUUUUGUAGAACUUGUCUGAAUGAUGUGAACUCGGUCAAGGAAUUAUUCCACCCAGACAGAUACGAUAAAGCCAUGCGUCCUUGUGAAGAUGGUUAGUUCGCUGAUAACUGGAUAGUUUUCUGUGACCGAUUUUUCAUUUCUUCAAUAUGCAGUUGUCUGAUUAUAAUUUCACCUCAAUCGCAUGUUAGAGGAGUGCUUCCAGUUUGACUCUACCAAAUAUCACAGGCAGUUACGCUGUAGUAAUAAUAGACCGGGAUGAUCUUUACUGGACUUCUAGGAAGAACAGUUAGAACCGAUAGAGCUAUCCAGUAUAAAUAAAGUUAGUUUAGUUUUCCUCCUGUAGUAACACUGGAUCAAUAAGAGGUGAUCCUUACUGGACCUCUAGGAAGAACAGUUAGAACUGAUAGAGCUAUCCAGUAUAAAUAAAGUUAGUUUAGGUUUCCUCCUGUAGUAACACUGGAUCAAUAAGAGGUGAUCUUCACUGGACCUCUAGGAAGAACAGUUUAGAACUAAUAGAGCUAUCCAGUAUAAAUAAAGUUAGCUUUGUUUAAGUUUCCUCCUGUAGUAACACUGGAUCGAUAAGAGAUGAUCUUCACUGGACCUCUAGGAAGAACAGUUUAGAACCGAUAGAGCUAUCCACUGUAAAUAAAGUUAGUUUAGUUUAGGUUUCCUCCUGUAGUAACACUGGAUCAAUAAGAGAUGAUCCUUACUGGACCUCUAGGAAGAACUGUUUAGAACUGAUAGAGCUAUCCAGUAUAAAUAAAGUUUAUAGUUGACCUAAUCUGAAUCCUUCCUAUUAUUGUCACAGGAAAGCCAGUUGUUGUCAGUGUUGGAAUAUACAUUGUUUCUAUAAAUAAUAUCAAAGAAUCAAAAAUGGUAAGAUUGAUCGAAGAUUAAUACAGUAACACUAAAGUCACUAUAUACCCAUCGAUUCUCUCUAUUUGUGGGUUUUACUAAGCACUAUCGUGCAGCAGAUGGUGUUCAACCCGCAGUUAUCAGAGUGAGAAAAUAAUGUUCAUUCUUUUCAUCAUAUGUAUAGUAUUAUAGUCUUGUAUUAGAUAGCAAGUAAAUAAAAUUGUGUCGACAGUUUCCACACGCUGCUCUGUAUUGCUUGUUGACUAUUAUCUCAAUUUCAGGAGUUCGACAUGCAAGUAUACUUUCGACAAACUUGGAGAGACCCAAGGUUAGCCUAUGAUGGUCUAAACCUCACAGAUAAAGAAUAUAUCGGAUUUUCUCCUGGUUACGUUUGGGAUAAAAUCUGGCUCCCCGAUGCUUACUUUGAAAACGAAAAGGAAGGCAAGGUCCAUACACUUAUGAGAAAGAAUCAAUUUCUACGAUUGUUUCAAGACGGCACGGUUUACUACAGCACCAGGUGGGUUGAGACGAUCCUUACUGGACCUCUAUAGGGAGAACAGUUUUGAACUGAUAGAGCUAUCCAGUAUAAAUAAAGCUUAGUUUAGGUUUUCUCCUGUAGUAACACUGGAUCGAUAAGAGAUGACCCUUACUGGACCUCUAGGAAGAACCGUUCAGAACUGAUAGAGCUAUUCAGUAUAAAUAAAGCUUAGUUUAGUUUAGCUUUCUUCCUGUAGUAACAGUGGAUCAAUAAGAAAUUAUUCUUACUGGACCUCUGGGGAGAACAGUUUAGAAUUGAUAGAGCUAUCUAGUAUAAAUAAAGGUAGUUUAGUGUUCAGAACUGAUAUAUUUAUUCAGUAUAAAAAAGGUUUGAGUUAUGUUAAUCCCGUGUUUGUCAUAUAGGUUGACCCUGACGCUAUCUUGUCCAAUGGUAUUCUACGAUUUUCCAAUGGACAGUCAAAAAUGCAACUUGAUCAUUUUGAGUUGUAAGUGAUGAUCCGUUUAUGUAUGAACCACAUGGGCAUUGAGAACAGCUGUCUGUACUGAUUAGAGUGUAUUUUUCUGUUUUAUAUAGAUGGCCACACAACGCAAAAUAUUAUCUACAAAUGGUUGACAAACAAAACCGAAACAUCGGUGUUAAAAAAUGAAUUAGUCAUACCACAAUUUGACAUUGGAAAGAUUGAGACCACAAGCCAUGUGAAUCACUACACUGUGGGUAGGUAUCACUCUAUUAUAUACCAAGCUGUUUUCUCCCAGUGUUACUACAGGUCCAGUAAGGAUCUGAAUUGUUCUCCCCUAGAGGUAGUCUUGUAUUCAUCUCUUAUUGAUCCAGUGUCACUACAGGUGUCACUACAGGAGGAAACCUAAACUAAAGUAACUUUAUUUAUACUGGAUAGUUCUAUCAGUUCUAAACUGUUCUCUCUAGAGGUCCAGUAAGGAUCAUCUCUUAUUGAUCCAGUGUUACUACAGGAGGAAACCUAAACUAAACUAACUUUAUUUAUACUGGAUAGUUCUAUCAGUUCUAAACUGUUCUCUCUAGAGGUCCAGUAAGGAUCAUCUCUUAUUGAUCUAGUGUUACUACAGGAGGAAACCUAAACUGAACUAACUUUAUUUAUACUGGAUAGCUCUAUCAGUUCUAAACUGUUCUUCCUAAAGGUCCAGUAAGGAUCAUCUCUUAUUGAUCCAGUGUUACUACAGGAGGAAACCUAAACUGAACUAACUUUAUUUAUACUGGAUAGCUCUAUCAGUUCUAAACUGUUCUUCCUAAAGGUCCAGUAAGGAUCAUCUCUUAUUGAUCUAGUGUUACUACAGGAGGAAACCUAAACUAAACUAACUUCAUUUAUACUGGAUAGCUCUAUCAGUUCUAAAUUGUUCUCGCUAGAGGUCCAGUAAGAAUCAUCUUUUAUUGAUCCAGUGUUAAUAUUUCUUUCUUUAGGUGAUUUUGUUGUGCUAACCCUGUACAUACAUUUUCAUCGACGCUUCGAGUUCUACCUGACUCACAACUACAUCCCGGCGAUGUUGGUGGUGAUAAUAUCCUGGUUAUCUUUCUGGGUAGACCGUGAUUGUGCACCAGCCAGAGUGGGGAUGGGGAUUACCACCAUCCUCACCAUGACCACUUUAAUUAUUGGUGUUGGCCAGCAAGACUUGCCUGUGGUCUCUUAUGUAAAAGCUUUGGAUUGGUACUAUAUUGGCUGUUUUGUUUUUGUGUUUGUUGGCCUGUGCGAGUACAGCGUCGUGAAUUAUUUUAGCACGAAACACGGCAGAUAUUUAAAGGAACAACACUUAAAGUCUGUUGUUUCGAAUUUAGAAAAG